AUGCGAGCCCAGGGCCGUGGCGCCCGCAUGGUGGUGGCACGGGCGUCCAUGCAGGCACCCACUACCGACGACACAGUCCCUGAGGGCCACAAGGGCCUGCACGCGACGUUGUACGAGGCGGGGGAUUCUGCAGCAGCGCAUGCGGACGCUGUCUACCGCCCCGUUGAGGGCGAGGACGACGGCGGCGCGGUGAUGCCGGCUGAGGAGUAUGCACAGGCGCGUGAUGGCUCCAAGCCUCCGGGUGUGUUUGCGCUGUACGACCAGGACCGCGUGCUGCAGUACGUCGGGUUCAGCCGCAACAUUGUGCUGUCCAUCCGAACUCUGCGGGCGCGCAUGGGAGCAGACCGCGUGGCCUUCGUGCGUGCCCUGGUGGUGGCCAACCAGUGGCGGCCCACACAAGCGGCCACGUGA